CAUUAGAGAAUACGAUUGUAAUCUCUUCGUAAUCUGAAGACAGACGCUAAAUCCCUCUAUUUAAAUUGCUUUAAACCUAUGAAUAGCCUCGCUCUCAGAUGAGAGCAUCAUAGCCGACAAACAUCGUAAUAUUCCUCGAUUAGAACGAGGUGUCUCCCAAGGCGGACGGUAUUCGGUCCGUCCACCUAUGGUCUGGCAGGUUUUUGCCUAGACUACGGAUAAAAUGUGGGAUGAAGUUGAUCCGUCUGCGCCGGUUAAGUAUGGCGCUGUCAUAGCGGUCACAGUGAUCUGCGUUGUUCUGUUGAGAAAAUGGAUUGCUGGGGGUGUGUGUCGAUCUUCAGUCCAAUUACGUGGCAAGACGGUGUUGGUCACCGGUGCCAACACCGGCAUUGGCAAGGAAACGUGCCGUGACAUGGCACGUAGAGGGGCGCGGGUGGUGAUGGCAUGCCGGGACCUGACACGGGCUGCGAGGGCGGCGGACGAGAUUCGUCAGGCCACGGGGAACAGCAACAUUGUAGUGCGGCACCUGGAUCUGGCCUCUAUGUACUCUGUCAGAGAGUUGGCCAAAGAGUUCACUGCCAGUGAGGAUCGCCUAGAUAUACUCAUCAACAACGCCGGUGUGAUGAUGUGCCCUAAGUGGCUAACAGAGGACGGCUUCGAGACACAACUGGCUGUCAAUCACCUCGGACACUUUCUACUGACCAAUCUCCUUCUGGGGAAGCUCAAGAGCUCCGCCCCUAGCCGUGUUGUCAAUGUGUCUAGCAUUGCACACAAAGGGGGUAAGAUCCAGUUUGAUGAUCUUUUCUUUGCCAAGAGGCCGUACAACUCCCUGGUCAGUUACAGGCAGAGCAAGCUGGCCAACGUGCUAUUCUCCAGAGAGCUGGCCAGAAGGUUGAAAGGUACGGGGGUGACGUCCUACAGCCUGCAUCCCGGGGUGAUCAGGACAGAGCUGACUCGCCACGUGGAGACCUGGUUCCCCAUGCUGAGGGCCAUCCUGUCAGCCCCCUCCAUGCUCCUCAUGAAGACCCCCACCCAGGGUGCCCAGACCUCCAUCUACUGUGCUGUCACCCCAGGACUGGAGCACAAGUCUGGCAGCUAUUUCAGUGACUGUGCCAUGACGGAGACCGCCCCAGAGGGGAGGGAUGAUGUGGUGGCCAAGAGGCUUUGGAAGGAGAGUGCCCGUCUGGUGGGUUACAUAGAAAAAGACUGAACAACCCCCUCCACCUGAAAACUAUAGAGAAGACUGAACAACCCCCCCAUCUUGAAACUAUAGAGAAAGACUGAACAACCCCCUCCACCUUCAAACUAUAGAGAAAGACUGAACAACCCCCUCCACCUGAAAACUAUAGAGAAGACUGAACAACCCCCUCCACCUUCAAACUAUAGAGAAAGACUGAACAACCCCCUCCACCUGAAAACUAUAGAGAAAGACUCAACAACCCCCUCCACCUUCAAACUAUAGAGAAGACUGAACAACCCCCCCACCUUGAAACUAUAGAGAAAGACUGAACAACCCCCUCCACCUUCAAACUAUAGAGAAGACUGAACAACCCCCUCCACCUGAAAACUAUAGAGAAAGACUGAACAACCCCCUCCACCUUCAAACUAUAGAGAAAGACUGAACAACCCCCCCACCUUCAAACUAUAGAGAAGACUGAACAACCCCUCCACCUGAAAACUAUAGAGAAAGACUGAACAACCCCUCCACCUUCAAACUAUAGAGAAAGACUGAACAACCCCCCCACCUUCAAACUAUAGAGAAGACUGAACAACCCCCUCCACCUGCAAACUAUAGAGAAAGACUGAACAUCGCCCUCCAUCUUCAAACCAUAGAGAAAGACUGAACAUCGCCCUCUACCUUCAAACUAUAGAGAAAGACUGAACAUCCCCCGCCAUCUUUAAACCAUAGAGAAAGACUGAACAACCCCCUCCACCUUCAAACUAUAGAGAAAGACCGAACAUCGCCCUCCAUCUUCAAACUAUAGAGAAAGACUGAACAACCCCCUCCACCUUCAAACUAUAGAGAAAGACUGAACAACCCCCUCCAUCUUCAAACUAUAGAGAAAGACUGAACAUCGCCCUCCAUCUUCAAACCAUAGAGAAAGACUGAACAACCCCCUCCAUCUGAAAACUGGGAACUCAUGAACUUAGGACAGCCCCAACCCUCUCUGACAAACAGCAUCAACAGAUUGGACGACUGAUACCAAGGAAUCCUUAAGCCUCUCAAUAUAAAAAAAACCUGUAAGGAGUCUUCAAAAAGACAUGAAUGGGUGAUGUAUUGUUACCAGGUUGGGGCGUCCAUGCUUACCUUGGACAUUGCAGACUGAAAGACUAACAGACCUGUAGGAACUCAACUCAGGACAAAAAGUCCUUUCACCUCACUAUGCUGGAGAUCAGAUAUCCAAUAAAUUGUUUGGAGCAUCCAUCACUAGUCCUUCUUGUAGAAUUCUGGCCCCUGUUAACACGGACGUCAUGUACCCCAACAAUCUGAGGUUUAACGGGGGUCAUGUACCCCAAAAAUCUGAGGUUUAACAGGGGCGCCAUGUACCACAAAAAUCUGAGGGGGCACAAAGUAUGUGAGGAUGGCUGAGGGAGUGGUUGGAUAAUUUAGCAAUUUUCAAACACCUGAAACAGCUUUUUCCUACAAUCUAGAGCCAUCAUCAUUAUGCUUAAUUUUAUGUUAAAAAUAUGUAUAUUUUUCUGCAUAUCUAAGCAUACUUUUUGAACAGUCUGUAUCCUCCUGACUGGUGGUUAUUUUUUUAAAGAAACAAAAUAUUAUUCUCUACAUCUCUGCCAAAAAUCUGGGUAAAAGAUUGAAAGGAAUGUGAGUCUUAUUCAGUACAUUUAAUAAUUCCUCUCUUUUCUAAAGUCUACCAACCUUGCCAGCACACAUGCCAGCUAAGAUAGUUAGACAAGCUAGCUACUCUAACUUGUUUGAUAGCCUGAAAUGGCUUCUUUAUAGCUAGUUGUGAGGUUGGGAGAUUGGGAACCUAUCUGGGCUAGCUAAAGCCAACUUCAGAAAAUUGCUAGGAGGCUAUUUAUUUUUUUAUUUAUAAAAACAGGACACAUCUGAGGGGGCACGUGCCCCUGUGCCCCCUAGGGGCAUUAUACCUCUGCCUGAUAAUAUGAAUGUCAGUUGAGAGUGUUAUACUUGAUAGCUUAGUACAUUGGGAUGAAUAUUACACUGGUGAUCAUGCAUUUAACACAUUAGAGUGUCAUGUUUAUGAAAUAAGCAGGUAAAUAGUAUAUUUGAUCAUUAGAGAUUGCAGAUACUUAUUGCCAAGUAUUCACCUGUUUAUUUCCUGAGGGCACUGUAAAAGCAUGUUUAUCCUAAAUGUUCUCUGUAAAGAGUAAUUGUCUUUUAGAAUUCACUCCUGAAACAGGAAACUACUGAUGGCCAUUCUACUUUGUUUUUUCUUUAUUUAACUAGGCCAAUGGUAGCUUAGGAACAGUGGGUUAACUGUUCAGAAUGACAGAUUUGUACCUUGUCAGCUUGGGGAUUUGAUCUUGCAACCUUCUGGUUGCUAGUCCAAUGCUCUAACCACUAGGUUACGCUGCUGCCCCUUUUCAAGGAAGGAUCAUCUUCAAGGUCAUUUUGCAACGUAGCAACGAGGACAGUCUCAAAUAAAAUGUUAGCUUUG